UUCCGUCGGCCCUGACAAAUGCCGAGGAAUCGAAUCGCGUCGUAUUUUAUAAGUCAUUGCAGGAAUUAUUUUUUAGCUAGUGCUAAUGUGAUGUACUUCCUCUGAAUCCCCAAGUCACUUGCACAACUGAUCUGACAAACUAAGUUGUGUUUCGGCGUGUUUGCCCCCGUUUCGUGAUCACAAUAAGUCGCUCGGCAUGGAGACUUCAGAAAAAGACAAAACCGCCGGCGACGAAGCCGAGAGCCCGUUGGAGGCCCCCGAGAAGACACCCGGCGAGGAUCCGGUUGUCCAGGAGGCCGAGGCGGCGCUGAAGGAGAGCCAAGAUUCGCAGCCUGACGCGGCGGCCACUUUGGAUUCAGUAUUGCCGGAAAAGGAGGAGGAGGAAAAGGGCCCCUCUCCCGCCGCCUCACCAGCGGCACCCAAGGAGAAUGGUGGUGGCGACGAGGAGGAGGCCCCCGUGGCCGCCGACCGUUCGCGUAGUCGCAGUCGCAGCGGCUCCAGGAAGAGUGCCUCCCGCUCGCGCAGCGGAUCUGCCCACUCGGCAGCCAGUGGAUCCCGGCACUCCAAGCAGUCGCCAAGUGGCUCCCGGCGCUCGCGCAGUGGCUCCAGACGCUCCAGAAGUGGCUCCCAUCACUCGGGCGCAGCUCCAGGCUCGCCAGCAGGCUCUAGGCGCUCGCGCAGCGGCUCUAGACGCUCCAGGAGUGGCUCCCGGCGCUCCCGCAGUGGCUCCAAACGAUCCCGCAGUGGAUCCCGCAGCAGAUCCGGCUCCAGGCGCUCGAGCCGAUCCAGGAGCGGCUCCCGACGCUCGCGCAGUGGCUCGGGUUCUAGACGCUCGCGCAGUGGAUCCGCCGGAUCGAGGCGUUCUCGCAGCGGCUCUAGACGGUCCAGGAGUGGCUCUAGACGAUCCAGGAGUGGCUCUCGACGCUCCAGGAGUGGCUCUAGACGAUCCAGGAGUGGCUCCAGGCGCUCCAGAAGUGGAUCAAGGCGCUCGCGCAGUGGUUCCGGCUCCAGGCGAUCGAGAAGUGGAUCAAGACGAUCCCGCAGCGGCUCCAGACGCUCUAGGAGUGGAUCUAGGCGCUCUAGAAGUGGAUCUAGACGCUCGAGGAGUGGAUCUAGGCGCUCGAGAAGCGGCUCCAGGCGCUCUAGAUCGAGGAGUGGAUCCCGACGCUCUAGAAGUGGAUCCAAGCGAUCGAGGAGCGGAUCUAGACGCUCUAGAAGCGGAUCCCGACGCUCUAGGAGUGGAUCGCGACGCUCUAGAAGCGGUUCCAGGCGCUCCAGGAGUGGAUCGCGACGCUCCAGGAGUGGAUCCCGCUCACGCAGUCGCUCCAAUAGCGCUGGUGGCUCUCGCAAGGGUUCCCGAUCUCGAUCUCGGUCUGGAAGUGCCACAUCCCAGAACGGCGCCAGGCGCAAAAGAUUGGCCAUCAGUGAUUCCGAAGAUGAGGCGCCAAAGGUGACGAAAAAGCGAGCAAAAAUCACAGACACGGACAACGAGGAGGAGGAAGACCAGGAUAACAAUGGCCUGGCCAAGGAAAAGUCACAAGAGAAAAUCACAGAGAGUUCCGACGAUGAGAACACGCCAAUUUCAAAUGAAGCAGAAAACAGCAACUUUAUUUCGGACUUUGAUGCCAUGCUGUUGAGAAAGAAGGAGGAGAAGCGAGUGCGACGUCGCAAGCGAGAUAUCGACCUGAUCAACGACAACGACGAUCUGAUCGAUCAGCUAAUCAUCAGCAUGAAGAACGCCUCCGACGACGACCGGCAGCUGAACAUGAUGGGCCAGCCGGCCACGAAGAAGAUAUCGAUGCUGAAGCAAGUGAUGUCGCAGCUGAUCAAGAAGCACUUGCAGCUGGCCUUCUUGGAGCACAACAUACUCAAUGUACUUACAGAUUGGCUGGCGCCGCUGCCAAACAAAAGUCUGCCCUGCCUGCAGAUACGCGAGAGUAUUCUCAAGCUUUUGUCAGAUUUUCCCACCAUUGAAAAGGGUCUGCUGAAGCAGUCGGGCAUCGGCAAGGCUGUGAUGUACUUGUACAAACAUCCGCAGGAGACCAAGACGAAUCGCGAUCGAGCCGGUCGUCUGAUUUCCGAGUGGGCCCGACCGAUAUUCAACCUCAGCUGCAACUUCUCGGCGAUGAGCAAGGAGGAGCGGCAGGAGCGCGACUUGGCGCAGAUGUCGCGCCAUCGCCACAAGAGUCCCGACCCCGAGCCGGCCUCCAGCAGCAAGGGCCAUUCGCUGAAUCAGACCUUCUCCAACGAGGACAAGCUGCUGCGUCCCGGAGAUCCCGGCUGGGUGGCCCGCGCCCGUGUGCCCAUGCCCUCCAACAAGGACUACGUCAUCCGCCCCAAAUCGACCGUUGAGGGCGAAAUCUCCACGUCAACAAAGCGCAAGCCAAACCGCUACGAAAAGCAUAUGAAACGUUUCCUGGACUCGAAGCGACUGAAGGAGAGCCGCCGGGCAGUCGAGAUAUCUAUAGAGGGUCGCAAGAUGGCACUGUAAGCAGCAUUCUUCUAGCUAACUUUAAAUAAAAUAAAAUCCAAAUCAUAGAACAAAA